ACAUAGCAUAGGAAUGAACUGGUUUUCCGGUCUGGAGGUCUGCAAAGCAAAGCAGAAGUCACUGGAAAGGGAUUAGCUAGCUUGCUAGCAGACGAAAGCUCUUUAGAUGUUGGGAUUUGCGCUAAAUUGGCUAUUUUGAACAGCGCUGACAAACCGAGCAAGUAAUAGAGCCCAAACCCCCAGCUGUUGCCAUGGCAAUCCUGUUUGCUGUGGUGGCUCGUGGAACCACCAUCCUGGCAAAGCAUGCAUGGUGUGGUGGCAACUUCCUGGAGGUGACUGAACAGAUUUUAGCCAAAAUACCAUCAGAGAACAACAAAUUGACCUACAGCCAUGGCAGCUAUCUCUUUCAUUACAUCUGCCAUGAUAGAAUCAUAUACCUGUGUAUCACCGAUGAUGACUUUGAGAGAUCGCGCGCAUUCAGCUUCCUCAGUGAAGUCAAGAAGCGCUUCCAGACAACAUACGGGUCGCGAGCUCAAACAGCCCUGCCUUACGCCAUGAACAGCGAGUUCUCCUCAACAUUGGCAGCUCAGAUGAAACACCACUCGGACCCACGGGGAUCAGAUCGUGUCACUGAGACUCAGAUGCAAGUGGAUGACCUGAAAGGCAUUAUGGUCCGCAACAUAGACUUGGUAGCUCAGAGAGGAGAGAAGCUGGAGUUGCUGAUUGACAAGACAGAAAAUCUGGUUGAUUCAUCGGUCACAUUUAAGACCACAAGUCGUAACCUGGCGCGAGCCAUGUGUAUGAAGAACCUCAAGCUGACUAUUGUCAUUGUGCUGGUGUGCCUGGUGGUCAUUUACAUCAUCGUUUCUGCUGCCUGCGGGGGCCUCAGCUGGCCCAGUUGUGUCAAAUGAGUGGAGGAUAGUGGGGAUAAAAGAAAAGGAGAUAAAGGAAGAGGGGGAGAAGCGCCUGUUCAACUCUGCCCUCCAGUGGACACAAAAGGACACACAACUUUCCUUCCUCUAUUCCUCCAGCUUCAACAUCCCCGGAAAGACACACAUGACGCUGUUCCUCCUCCUGCCUCCUUCUUCUUCCCCCUCUUUGAUCGCGUGCACAUUGACUUGCCUUCAGGACAGGGAGUCCCACCUCAUCAUACCCACACUGAUGGGCAGCAGCCAUGUGGCCUAAAACUGAUGUGGAACAAUAAUCUUGUCUUAUACUAGUCUGGUCCAUUCAUCCUGUCUCAUGCACUUAGUGGCCUGAUGUAUCAGUUUGUGAUACUGUCCUGCACCUCUCUAUGUAUUUAAUCCAUUCAGACUGAUACCGGAAUGACCCACAAAGAUAGCAGAGAUUGCAUUGUUAUUGUCCUGCUUUUCCUUUGAUGCCAACAGGAAUACAUGAGACCUGCAAGUAUAAAUAAGUAGCAUGUUGCAGAUCCAUCAGCAGAUCCAAUACAGUGUCUGUUCCUCUGUUAUAUAACUGAAAACUAAUUUUUGACAAAACCAAUGACGUAUACUGUAUGUCUCAAAUGUCUAAUGAACCAUGCUGGUGGUGUCUCAUGAACACAUAUUUUCUGAUUUCCUUCUUGUUUUAUCGCCAAGCACAGUCGUAUAUUCUAAAAUGGAUGUUGUAAAAUACCAGAUAUGAUCAUAUAAAUAAAUAUUGUAAAUUUGAUUAAUAUUACUGACUCAAGAGAUGUAAUGGUUCUUUUAAAUCAAGCCUGAUUUUUGAGGAAAUCUUCAAUAUCCUUUCCCACCUCAAUAGGAGGUUUCCUUUCACCCUUUUAGGAUG